ACCCGCGUGAGGAGCGCGGAGCUGCUGCAGGAGCUGCUCUCCGAGCUCUGCAGGUGCCUCGCUCCCCCGUCCGGCCCCGGCAAAGCGGCCCCGCUGUCCGAGGAGCUGAAGCUGGACGUGACCCAGGCACUGCACACCCUCCUGCAUUCGGCUCACGGGGAUGUGAUCUGGUCUCUGUACCAACCUUCCACCCUUCCUCUCUUAGGGUUUGCUGUGUCUUUGCUUCUGGGCCUAGCAGAGCAAGAAAGAGCAAGGCAAAUUAAGAUCUCUGCUUUGAAGUGCUUACAGGCCCUGGUUCUGCAGUGUGAGUGCCAGGGGCAUCGGCGCCUGGAUGCAGACGAGGCACAGAAAUGUGGGGACUUGUUUGCUUCUUUUUUACCUGGAAUUUCCAUUACGCUGUCUCGGGUCAUUACUGGAGACAUCAAACAAGGUCACAAACCCACUGUUUCUGCCAUCAGACUCUUUUACCAGGUUGUUGGCUUGGUAAUGGCUGAUGAACAGCUUGCCAGAAUCCCAAAGAAUAAAGAGAAGCUGCCAGUGGAACAGAGCAGAAUAUCAGAACUGAUGGUGCACAGAGGACCUGACUGGAGCAAAAGCACUGCUGAGAAACUCGGUCUCCUGCUGCAUAAAAUAGUUGAGUUUUCUUCAGUUCACCCUCACUGGAAGGUGAGGCUGGAGCUGGUGGAACUGGUCCAGCACUUGCUGAGGAACUGCAGUCGGUCGCUGGUGGGCUCGUUCAGCCACCUCUUGAAGGCCUUGGUUGGGCUGGUGAGUGAUGAGAGCAGCGAGGUGCAAAGCAGGUGUAACGAGGUGCUGCAGGGCAUUGCAGAGCAGCGGGUGGUGGCACAGAACAGGGCUCUUGCUGAUGUCCUCUCCGAGAACCUCCACGCCCUGGCCACGGCUCUUCCUCGCCUGAUGAACUCCCAGGAUGACGCAGGCAAGAUUUCCACUCUGAGCUUGUUGCUGGGCUACCUGAAGCUGCUGGGCCCGAGGAUUAACAUUGUCCUCAACUCUGCCUCCCACCUGCACCGCCUGUCCAGAGCUCUGAUCCAGGUGCUGGAGCUGGACGUGACGGAUGUGAAGAUUGUGGAGAACAGACGUGGGGGCAGCGAGAGCCCGCCCGGGCUGCACGGCUCCCUGGGGACUGGUGUGUGGAGGGGUGGCUGCCAGAAGAAAUACUUCCGCUUCUUCACGGAGGAGAAAGUUUUCCAGCUCCUUCAGCAGGUCUGCCGUGUUCUUGGCUACCACGGGAACCUCUAUCUGCUCGUGGACCAUUUCCUGGGGCUGUACGGGGAGUCGGGCGCCCACCGGAAGCAGGCGGCCAUGGUCCUCAAUGAGCUGCUGGCAGGAGCUGCUGGCAUGGGGGUGGAUGUCCUGCAGGAAAGGGAAGCCUCACUGACCACAGAUGAUCUCAGAGGACCCAUAACGUCCAUUCUCGAGGAGUACACAGACCAGGCAAACUGGUAUUUGCUCACGAGCAUUGAUACAGAAGAAGCAGGCCGUGAGCAGCCCGUGCAGCACCCAGGACUCGCUGCUCGCCCUGGAGGUGCCUGCAGCAGCGCCCUCCUCCUGCCCCCAGAGCCUCCCGUGACCACCAGCACCAUGAACAGCAACAUCUGGCAGAUCUGCAUCCAGCUGGAAGGCGUUGGCUGCUUUGCUGCUGUCCUGGGGAAGGAGUUCCGGGUGCUUCUGCUCUCAGCUCUCUACCCGGUGCUGGAGAAGGCUGGUGACAAGACCCUGCUCAUCAGCGAGACGGCGCUGGGGGCCCUGGCAGAGGUGUGUGAGGCCUGUGGGUACAGCUCAGUGGGGUGUUUGAUAAGUGAGAAUUCUGACUACCUGGUGAACGGCAUUUCCCUGAGCCUGCGCCAGCCAGCACACCAGCCACAUGCUGCCCAGGUCCUGGACACUAUGCUGAGGCAUUCAGAUGCCAGCUUGCUGCCUCUGGUAGAAGAUGUUAUCCAAGAUGUCCUGUCUGCCCUGGAUCAGUCCUACGGUCACCAGGCUCCCACUUUCCUCAGGGUGCUCCACUCUAUGAUGACAGCCUUAGCCCAGUGGUUUGGAUCCCCCUGCAGUGAGGAGCACCCCCAGGGGCAGGCUGCCAAGGGCCAGAGCAGGACGUGGUACCUGGGGCAGCAGGUGCUGACAAAGCACGACGUGGAGCAGUUCUUCCUCAACUAUAUCAGAGAGAAGCAGGUGGCAGAGGGAAAUCUUCCUGACACAGAGGAGGAGGAGACAGAUGAGGUUCCCUCCCUUGCUAAACUGGAGCCAGACAACCCUGACACAGAAGAAGCUCCCCUGCCCAGCCAUGCUCAGCUGGCCAAGGAUGUGAUGGAGAGGUGCAUCCACCUGCUGUCUGCUGAGAAGCUCCGGGUGAGGCUGCAGGUCCUGGAUGUGCUGGAGCUCUGUGUGACUGUGCUGCAUCCUCAUGGAAACCAUCUGCUUCCCAUGGCUCAUCGUGUCUGGCCAGCUCUCGUCACCCGGCUGAUUAGUGAUGACCCUCUGGCAGUGCUCAGAGCCUUCAAGGUGCUGUGUACCCUGGCUGAAAAGUGUGGGGACUUUCUGAGGCAGAGGUUCUCCAAAGAUGUCCUGCCUAAGCUGACCAGUUCCCUCCUCAGCCAAGCCCCAGCAAGUGCCAGAGCUGGGCCUGUGUACAGCCACACACUGGCCUUCAAGUUGCAGCUUGCUGUUCUGCAGGGACUGGGCUCUCUGUGUGAGAAGCUGGACAUGGGUGAGAGUGACCUGAAUAAAGUGGCAGAUGCCUGCCUGGUUUACCUCAGCGCCAAGCAACCCAAGAAAUUACAAGAAGCUGCCCAGAGUGUUUUCCUCCACUUAAUGCACGUGGACCCUGACAGCACCUGGCUCCUGCUGAGCGAAGUCUGCUGCCCGCAGCAGUACCAGCCCCCCCACGCCAGCCUGCGGCCCGUGCGGCUGGCUGGGAUGGGGAGGCAGCACAACGAGUUCACCCACAACGUGCUGCUCCUGCUGGAGCAGCUGCAGCAGCAGGAGAGCAAGAUGCUGCAGGCUGGCACCCAGGAGGCAUCUCCUCUCUGA